UCAUCAAGAAGAAAAUCACUGACAGGAUCUUCAGAGCAUCGAGUGAGUUGAAGAGCAAGAGGAAAAUGAAGUCUGCUGCAGUUUUUGUUGCGUUUGCCUGUCUACUUAUUCUUCAUGUAGAAGGACAGCCCAGUGUCAGUGUAAGGAGGUGUUUGUGUCAGGGUCCUGCGGCUAACGCAGUUCGUCUACAACGUGUUGAAAAGAUUGAAGUGUUUCCUGUUAGUGCAUCUUGUGAAAAUGUGGAAAUCAUUGUCACUCUGAAGAAUGGAGCAGGAAAAAAAUGCUUGAAUCCCAAAUCUGAAUUUACUCAGAAAUACAUCAAUGCAGCUUUAGAAAAAAUGAGUGCAGCAUAAAGCCUGCAGCGUGUCAUUACUGAACAGACGCGGAAGAAGAGUGCAGAGAGACAGCUUGCUUUGCUAUUAAAAUAUUUUUAAGGGUGUAUAAACUGUACAUAUGAUAUGUUUAAUGUGUUAUUUAUGGGCGUUACAUCUGUAUAUGGCUUAAUGUAUAUAGUUUUUGAAGAAAGAUGCAAGAACUAAAAAAUUAUAUUGUUUCUGUAAACUGACAAACUAAAUUCUAAUAAAGUGAGAACAU